AUGUCGGAGGAUGAACGAAAAAAGUGGCGUUGCUUCCAUGUAUGCAAGAAUUCGAAAAGCGCUAAAGGGAGCACAUCUUCAGGUAACUUAACUACUAGCGAUAAUCUUGAUGAGCAGGACAUUCGUACACUCCUCCAACUAUUGAACACUAAAUUGACCAACAUUGAAACUACAGUGAAUUCUGUUCAGUCGAGUCAGGAGUUUUUGUCCGCUAAAUAUGAUGAACUACUUGUAGAAAUAAAAGAGCUACGUACUGAAAAUAAAAAACUGACAAGUGAAAUAGCCAAAAUGAACGCACAAUUACGGGAAAAGGAUAAUCACAUCAACGAUCUCAGCAUGAAAAUUAAUGACCUUGAACAAUACGGUAGAAUAAAUAACUUGGAGAUUCACUGUCUUGAAGUAACUGAUAAGUCUCCUCUCGAUGAUCUAAAACACAUAGCUGAUAAGAUAAACGUGAAAUUUAAUGAAAGUGAUGUGAGUGCUGCGCACAGAUUGCCAAUCAGGAAAUCCACCAAAAACUCAACAGUGAAUUCUCCACCUGUGCUGAUUGUGCAAUUUGUCUCAAAAAUUGUCCGAGCUGAAUGGCUCACCAACGGACGAGCAGCAAAACUUACUAAUAAAGAUCUGGGAAACUCGUCUGAUAGGUCUAUUUACUUCAAUGAAAAUCUCACAGCGUUUAAUAAAAGAUUAUUCAUGCAAGCUAAGUUACGAGCAAAACCACUUGGCUACAAAUAUGUAUGGACCUCUCAGGGUAGAAUACUAGUAAGAAAAGAGCCCCAGGCACAAGUGAUCCGUAUUAAGGUUGAAUCAGAUCUCGAUAGAAUCAUCUGA